CGCUCGUGAUUGUCCUUCAGGUUGUUCGCGGCGCAAAUCAGGUGAUAAUUCUGUUAUGAUAACCGUAUGGGUCACUUACCUUGGACAUUUAUUAUUCGCUUCUUCGUUGUUACUUUUGGGGCUCAUAUCCAGUCGGAAAAGUACCCAAUUGUAAUAAUCCCAGGUGAUGGAGGGUGUCAGGCGUAUAGCAAGCUAAAAAACUCAACAUCACCUCCUUUUUUAGUAUGGAUAGACUUACGUUACUUUCUCGAACCGGGAAAACUAAACGAAUACUUCGGCUUAGUUUAUGAUCCAGUCACCAGAAAGUCUAGAGAUCCUGAUAGCGCAGACGUAUAUUUCCCAGGUUGGGGUGAAACGUGGUCUAUUGAAAAUUUGGAUAGUUAUAGACAUAGCAGAACUGAAUAUUGUGGUCCGAUGAUUGAGUCAUUGCGUCGUGAUCCUUUCUUUGUAUCCAACUGGACUAUUCGCGGUGCACCCUUCGAUUUCCGUAAAGCUCCAAAUGAAAACGAGGGCUUUAUUAACAAACUUAUGCACCUGAUUGAGGAGACUUAUCAAAAUGGUGGAAACCGGUCUGUUGUUUUGCUUGGCCAUAGUUUGGGGGCUAAGUACGGGAUAUACUUCUUAAAGUCAAUGAAGAAAAGCUGGAAGAAUACAUACAUCAAAACCUUUGUCUCACUCAGUGCACCUCUUGGUGGUUCAGUAAAGGCUCUUAAAAUCGAAGCAAGUGGAGAUAACUUUGGUGUGUUUUUACGCAGUCCACUUAGUUUCCGCCCUGUUCAGCGCACGCUACCUUCUCUUGCUUUUCUCCUCCCGGAUUCUCGUUUGUGGUCACCAAAGGAACCUCUUAUUAUAACGCCAACAACAAACUAUUCUGCUCAUGACUACGAACGUUUCUUCCAUGAUGUCAAUUAUUCAAUCGGUUUCCAGAUGAUGUUGGACAGUAAAUCUAUAAUUGAUACAUUCGAAAAACCAAGUGAUAUUGAUGAAAUCUAUUGUAUUCAUGGAUCAAAUUUGAGUACCACUGACAAAAUGAUUUAUUCACCGCCCAACUUCUUUCAUAGUGGAUUUCCAGAUCAAGUGCCGACAUUGAUUCCUGGAAACGGUGAUGGUACUGUUAGUCUACGUAGUUUAGAAGUCUGUAAACGUUGGCCUGGUAUAAAAUAUUUCAUGUUACCUGGGGCUGAACAUGUAAAUAUUAUGGGAGAUCCACGUUUUAUUGAUAUUAUUCAUCGAAUUGUUGGUGCUAAUACAACUAAAACAUUAAACUGUUGUUAAUUAUUUUCUUCACUUUAUUAUUUACUUCUUCACUGUAAUAAGAUUCUCAUUUCAUUCAAUUUCCAUAGAAUUAUUUGUUACAAUAUAUGGGAUGGUGGUCAAGAUAGACUGCAAAGUAUAAGACACAUGGUCCUGGAUGUAUCAAAUGUCAUAUGGAUAUACUCAAACUUGAACAAUAUUUUUGUUUUAAUGUGGACAAAAUCAGGAUAAUAGAAGUUAUGUUUUCUGUAUUGUUUUUAGGUCCUCAUAAUUUAUUUCUAUUAUUACUGUAUUUUAUUACAAAGUUCUUGUUUUAAUUAGUAUUAAGGGAUUAUUUUUAAGUUUGAAGAGGUUGUAUAGGUUUUCUUUUUAUGUUAAAAUAGGUUUCAUCAUAGGUUGACAUCAACUGGAGUACCAGAGACUGUCUGAAUCAAUCUAAUUCACGUUUUAUUAACAUUAUGCAUCCAUAAUUUCACGUAAAACCAAACUCAGAGCAUUUAGGUUUCGUAAAAAGUAUGAUACUUUUAAAAAACUGAGUUACAGUUAGAACGAAACAGCAACCCAAUGUUUUUCUAGUUUUUAAUGGUUUUUCAGCUGUUUUCUUUCUUUAUUUAUUUGAACACAUAAAUAUUGGUACAAGAGGGCACCAAAUAUAUAUGCACCACACAAAACAAUGAGAAUUUAAAAACAAGAAAAAACAGGGUAAGGAGCGUAAAAGAAAAAGAGAACAAUAACGAACAGAUAGGUGUAAGGUAGAAUAAUAAUGGUAAUAACGGGGGAAACGGGAAGGUACAACCAGAAGAAAUCUUUCAGUUAAGGAAGAAGCAACCACUUCUUACAAAGAAAGUUACGGCAGGAUCGUCACUGGCUUCUGUUCUGAGCCAUAUCUGAUAACGUCUUUAACCACUGUGUAGCACCAUCUCUCAGACCCCAGCCAGGGAGUCCUGAAGGACCAACAGAAGCCAGUCCUUUGCAGCUUUCUUUCAUACCACGACACCAUGUCAUAUACUGACCACCUCUC